UCUACCUCGACACAGUGGUUCAUAGCGAAACCUGCAUGCAACUGAAACGGGGCAACAUUUCUCAUACUAAACCAAACUUAAUUCACGUUUAACAUUUAUUCUUAAAUCGUGAACCUUCUCCGUUUCUUCCACGUAAACCAGGAGGUCAUACGUGUACAAACCGGUGUACUCCAGUGUUUUGUUCACGGUCAGCGUGUUGUUACUGGAGGUCAGCGUGUCUCCAGCUGAAACCAAUCCGCCACACAGAUGCUUUCCCCGGGUAGGACCUUCACCUCGCUGCUGCUCAGGCCAGCUUCCAGGCUCCCUCUGUGGCUGGGCAGUGAGGGAAGAGCCGCCAGCUCUCAGCCGAAAGAGUUGAUAAAGAAAUAUGUACUGGAGAAAGAUGAGCUCCGCCCGCUCUACAUGGACUUCCAGGCCACCACACCCAUGGACCCCCGGGUGCUGGACGCUAUGUUGCCCUUCCAGGUGAAUUACUACGGUAACCCUCACUCCAGAACACACGCCUAUGGAUGGGAGAGCGAGAGCGCAAUGGAGACAGCCAGGAAGCAGGUGGCUGAUCUGAUUGGAGCAGAUCCCAGAGAGAUCAUCUUCACCAGCGGAGCCACCGAGUCCAACAACAUGGCUAUCAAGGGAGUUGCCAGGUUCUACAAGGCCAAGAAGCGUCAUGUGAUCACCACGCAGACGGAGCAUAAAUGUGUUCUGGACUCGUGUCGUGUUCUGGAGUCUGAAGGAUUCAGCAUCACCUACCUGCCGGUCAUGUCGAACGGACUGGUGGACCUGGAGCUGUUGGAGGCCUCCAUCCGUCCUGACACCUCUCUGCUCUCGGUGAUGACAAUCAACAACGAGAUCGGAGUCCAUCAGCCUAUGAAGGAGAUUGGUCAGAUUUGCCGCUCUAAGGGAGUCUUCCUCCACACUGACGCGGCUCAGGCUGUUGGGAAGAUUCCCUUAGACGUCACAGACUGUAAGAUUGAUCUGAUGUCCAUCAGUGGCCACAAGAUCUAUGGACCCAAAGGUGUCGGUGCUUUGUACGUGCGUCGGCGUCCUCGAGUGCGUUUGGAGCCGCUGCAGAACGGGGGCGGGCAGGAGAGGGGGCUGCGCUCCGGCACCGUCCCCACCCCUCUGGCUGUUGGGCUGGGAGCUGCCUGCAGCAUCGCACAGCAGGAGAUGGAGUAUGAUCACCGCAGAGUGUCCAUGCUGGCUAAUCGUCUGGUCCAGAAAAUCAUGGCCGAGCUUCCUGAUGUCAUCAUGAACGGAGAUGCAGAACAACGCUACCCUGGCUGUGUGAACCUGUCCUUUGCCUAUGUGGAGGGAGAGAGUCUUCUGAUGGCGCUAAAGGAUGUUGCUCUGUCUUCUGGGAGCGCCUGUACGUCAGCGUCUCUGGAGCCCUCGUAUGUCCUCAGAGCGAUUGGAACUGAUGAAGACCUCGCCCACUCCUCCAUCAGGUUUGGAAUUGGCAGGUUCACCACAGAAGAAGAGGUGGACUACACAGUGGCAAAAUGUAUUCACCAGGUCAACAGGCUCAGAGAGAUGAGUCCUCUGUGGGAGAUGGUUCAAGAGGGCAUCGAUCUGAAGAGCAUCAAAUGGACGCAGCACUAGACUCCUCCCACUUCCUGUUUAACUCUUGGCAGACAUCGAUGGCAAUUGAUUCCCAGGGAAAUCUGGGAAUGCACUAGCUUUCCUUCCCCGUACACAAACACGCACAAACUUCCUAUCCGACUUGAAGUCUGUUUGUACCUGUAGCUCUGUGGCUCCGUAGAAAUUCCUCUCGUUGCUGUCAGACGAUGUUAUUUUUGGAGAGUUGAUGUGGCAGCCUCUGCUUGUUGUAUGUCGUUCUGUAACACCUGAGUCCUGUAUCACAAAGUCUCUUAAUCUUGUCUGGCUCUGUUUGGGCUACCUAGCUUCACUUUCAGUUAUCUCUGUGGGUUAAUAAUCCAGCUGUCAGCAUGUUGAAAUUAAGAAAACCACUUACUGUUAGAUGAAAUCCAAACUAUGAAGUACUUGAUAUGACAUAAAAUAAAACUGGGAUCCCUCCGGGGUAAUUAUGUAACUGAUGCUAACAAGCAUACAUUUAUUUAUAAACAACAUUUAAUUAAAUACAGAGGUUGCAGCCACAAACACUAAUAAAUAAAACAGUCCAUAGAAAACACAGACGGACACAUAAAUAAUACAUGUGAGUUAAGACAAAUACGGAGUAAGAACAACAAUUUAAAUGCAACCAAUUAAUACAUAAAGGAAAAGAGAAUACAUUAGUAGUUAUGACUGGCAACCAGGCUAUGGAGGUAGCAGUGAGGUUAACUAUAGAAUGGCACAACUAGAAUACAUUAAGAAGCUGUCGUAGGAUUUAUAUUCAAAUUAUGAAAGGAAGGCUGUUAAUCGUUGUGGCACUCUGCUUGUUCCCCAUUUUUCCUGUGAUGUGAUAGGUCAGUUUUGAUCUCCUUGAAGUGAACUUGCUCUGAACUCAGUUAGCUUUGCAGACCAGCAAAGUGAUAUAACCUGAUUGAUUGUGAGCCAGUUUGUCUCACCAGAAACGUCAGGUAGACAGCUUCCUUGCUUUGUGAUACAGGCUCUUGAAAACGUGUUAAGCAGAAAUAUAAUGGGAGCGAUGAUGGGCUGUGUACUUCACUGAGGCUGGGGUCGGUAACCGAAGCUGCAAGACAGAAAUGUACUGAGCUGUCUAACUAUUUAAUGAUUCACUUGUUAUUAUUUUUUAGGCAAGAAUAUACAAGAUGAUCCACAUAUUGUCUCCUGCUCUGUUGUCCUGUAAUAGACUGUCCUCUCUGUCUCAGAACUCGAUUUACAGAUACUUCAUCAUUUUAGUUUUUCAAAGUUUUAGUUUUUUAGGAUCUGCAAUUUGAAUUAUUUGGCAAUGUCUGGAACACUCUACACGACUGUCCACUUAAUAUGUACACAACUGAUUUUUUAAACAUGACAGAAACGCUGAGACUAAUGUGUGAGGUUAUAAUGGGGAUCUGUAGGUGAUCCUGAAAGUAUACAACCCAACUGGAUUUAAAAAGUAUUCUAAAAGAUUUGUAUUGUGUUGCUGAAAUAUUUCAACUCUGUCUACUGUUACUCUCAUCAAAUACAUUAUUUUCCAAUAAAGUUCUGCUUUAUGGAUAUGCAA